AUGGACGAUUUAAUCGAUAAUGGGAUGCUCGUCGGGAAGGAGAAAAUUACCGAAAUUCUUAACCGCAGGCACAAAGAGCGCGAGGUGCAAAUCCAAGCAGCGAAACUGGAACGACAGAAAGACUCGGAAUGCACUGAAGCGCUGCAGUAUUUUGAGACCUCGUUCGAGGAAAAGGCGGCACAGAUUCGCAACACACUGGCAUCGAUCGCCGGCAGUGACCGGAAGGCGGAAAUGUUUGCCGACACUCAGAACGACAUUUACGAUCUGCAGCGAUACCUUUCGUCAUCGACCUUCUUCCUGAACGAGUACCAUAUCAAAGUUUGCCAGAACACGAUCAACGAGCUGGGUAAACAGUUGGACACACUGCGCAACGAGUUGAUGCCGAAGAAAAAGUUUGGCUUCAAGACGAAGAAAAUUGUAAAAAUGAUCAACGAAAAAGAAGGCAUCGGCAGCGAGGACAAGCAAUCGAAACAGUCUGUGGGAAGUUCCUGCGAGGAUCACAUCAAGUGGACGUUUUCUAGCCGAACGAACCAAUGCAUUGAACUUCCGGUUGCGCUGGUGAACGAUCAGACGGUGACGGCAUCCAGACUGAAAAACUGUCUUAUUCGCAUCGCAGGCCACCCGGGGUCGCUGCAGUUUGCGCAACUGGAAAACUGUCUGGUCAUAUGCGGCCCAACGGCAAGAUCGAUAUUUCUCGACGAUUGUGUCGAAUGCAAGUUUGUCGUUGCCUGUCAACAGUUGCGCUGCCACCGGUCCCGCACCUGCGACCUGUAUCUGAACGUCACGUCCCGUGCAAUCAUUGAGGAUUGUAAGGGCAUACGAGUGGCCAAAUACAACUACCAUUACCAGGGCAUCGAGGAGGAUUUUAAGCAAUCCGGACUGGACCUUUCCAGUAACAAUUGGAACGUGCUAGACGACUUCAAUUGGCUGUCGACCGACAAACCUUCCCCGAAUUGGGAGCUUCUGCCCAACGCGAACAUAAUCCCCGACUGGAGUUCUUACAUCCGCAGCUUUUCGCACAAACACAGUCUCGCCAGUGUGGAUAACUGAAUAAAAUGCUUGUUCUAGUGUUUUC